CAGAAUUUUGAAAAACGCAUAUUAUCUUUACGCAAAUUAAAAGGAAAUGAAUAAAAUUUUCAAAACAAAUUGAUAUACAAAUAUUUAGCAAUCGUCUACUAAAUAAACUACAAUUAAACGUCAAACUCAGAUAUUAUGUUGUCAGUAUAGUAUAGAUGAAUCGUAAGUGUUUCCUCUAUCUAUGGUUAUAAUUGUUUAAAGAGUUUCUACCAAUCAUCAUACACCAUAUCACAAGUGUGACAAUCUGAAUCCAAACAAAUAUAGGCUGCUACAGAGGUACAUUAACAUAUAAAUUGUGAAAUUUUAUACAGUCGUUGAUCAUAUAAUUAGUUGCAAUAUGUCUGAACUUAGAAAAUCGAUUUUGAAACUCCAAGGAAAGCGCCCUGGCAAGACCCUGACACCAGUGAAAAAUUAUACUCCAAUUAAAUGGACGGAGUAUUUUGAAAAAGAAGAAACAGUGGAAAUAACAAGUGGAAAAUUUCAUAUAUAUACAAAAGGAUUUGAGGGGCCAAUUUUAUUAUGCCUUCAUGGUGGUGGAUAUUCUGGCUUAACUUGGGCACUAUUCGCAGAAGAAGUAUCAAAAUUGAUUAAUUGUAGAGUAAUAGCAAUAGAUUUAAGAGGUCAUGGAAAUACAUCUACAACUAACGAUGCUGAUUUAUCAUUAGAAAUGUUGUCUCAAGAUGUGGUUGAAAUUGCAUCAAAACUAACUGAAACAAACCCUUCUCCAAUUGUGUUACUUGGACACAGUAUGGGAGGUGCUGUGGCAGUAGAAGCAGCACAUCAUAUUGAUUGUGUAGUAGGGCUUUGUGUAAUUGACGUAGUUGAAGGCACUGCUUUAGAUGCAUUGUCCUCAAUGCAAAGUAUCCUUAGAGGGAGACCCUCUCAUUUCAAAAGUCUUCCUCAUGCUAUCCAGUGGUGUUAUAAAGGAGGCCAAACUCAUAAUUUAGAAGCAGCUAGAGUUUCAAUGCCAGGGCAAAUAGUAAGCAUCAAAACUGGCAAAUUAGCUGCAGAUGAUUGUGAUAACAUUGAUGAGUCAGUAUUAUUAUCAUCCGAUUUGAUGAAGGGAACCAUUCACUCCCCUUUAGAACUUCCCGAAGUUAUUGAAAAUGAGGAAGAUGAAGCUGUGCACACACAAGAAUCAGAUAAUUGUGUUGAUUGCGGUAAACCACCUCUUUCGAAAAAUCAGAAAAUUGAUUUAUUCAAAAAUUCAAAUGUCGCUAAAGUCGAAUCGGGAGGGCCUCAGUAUACUUGGAGGAUUGAUCUCAGUAAAACAGAGAAGUUCUGGGCAGGUUGGUUUAAAGGUUUAUCGCAGAAAUUUUUGGAUUUACGUAUACCUAAACUUUUGUUAUUGGCAAAUAUACACGGAUUAGAUACAGCUUUAACAGUUGGUCAGAUGCAAGGAAAAUUCCAGUUACAAGUUUUGGCAAAAUCUGGCCAUGCUAUUCAUGAGGAUCAACCCCAUCAUGUAGCUGAAAUAGUAAGUGGUUAUUUGGUGAAGCAGAGGAUAGCUAUUUCAAAGUCAACCUUUGUUCAUGCGAGCUUACCAGCGUGUUAAUUUUACAUUAAAUAGAUAUAUAUAUAUACAUAUAUAUAUAUAUAUAUAUAUAUAUAUAUAUAUAUAUAUAUAUAUAUAUAGAUGUAAUUGUUCCAUAGUAAUUUUUGUAAGUAAAUUAAAACCUCAUUUAAUAUGGAGACAAAAAAAUAUACAAAUAUCUAACAACUUUAUUUUGGUACUAAAAUGUAAUUUAAAUUAUUAGUUAUUCAUAAAGUGGCAAAUGUAAACUAGUGGCAUUUUGUUUAUAUUGUCAAGUUGAAGAUGUAUCUCACCCACAGCUGCACCAAUGUUUUGGGAAAAAAUUUAAUACCUUGUUUAUAGUUUAUAAUAAAUCUAUUAAUUAAUUAAAAUCAAUUUAAGGCUCUUUUACUGCUAUGAUAACUAAUUUAUCUUCAUUUAGUUUUCCAUUAUAGAGAAAUACCUUGUUCUGAAUAGCUUUGAUCUAAUUUUUAAAUAAUUUAUUACCCUGUGGCAUUUCUGAACAAGGUAUAUCUACUGGUAUCAUUUUUUUUUGUAGCUGGAGUCAAACUGUUUUCAAAUUGUCAUUUUUGUAUUUGUACGAAUAAUAUCUUGAAGAAAAAUUCAAUAUUCCUUGUGCAGUUGAUGUCGAAACAUAGGAAGCCCUCGAUUUUUGAAAAUAUUGUUGAGUAUUUCGGUAAUGUUACAAUUUAAAUUUCAAAUUCAUUUACCAUAAUACAUAUAAUCAUUGAUAAUUCCUGAAAUAUUUAAGUAAUUUAUAGUUAACCGCGUUGGCGUGGGCACUUUAUGGUGCUGGGCCAUUUAAUCUAGUCGUGACAUGGGGGGAGAUCGAGACUCUUUUAUUCUCAACUUAUUUCGAGCGUUGUGUACUCGGGAUUUAGGCCUAAAAUUAUGAUUGUUCAAUUGCCUACGAAUAUCAUGGUCAUAUGUAGAUAUAUAAGUCACGAGGGCCUAUAAUAGCUUAAUGAAAUCUAUUAAUUGAGAUUUUUUUAAAUUAGAAGUGUUUAAAGUUUAAGUUUUCAUCAGUUUGGAAAAUUGUGAUUAAGAUGUCACAUUGCCAGAUACUUACGGUAUAUAGAUUGAUGGCUCCUGUUAUACGAGGGCCGCUUUUUUUCAACCUCCGAUCGCUACGUGGGCAUUUGUUGUAGGCGACUGCGAAGCUCUCGCACUACACAUUCCGCCAUUACUGACAUUCAAGUGUCAGUCGGCGUUGUGCUACAUCCACGUAAACAUGUCGGCCAUAAUUGAUGCUCCCGCCAAGUGUGAAUUGCGAAGUGUAUUUCAUUUUCUACCGGCUGAAGGCUAUAGUGCUGCAGAAAUCAAUCAGAGAAUGAAUCGUGUGUAUAAGAAAAAUUUCAUGAGUGAUGGUGUUGUGCGUGAAUGGUGUCGAAAGUUUUAUGACGUGCAUGAUGAAGGGGGCCAAGGACGUAAAUCUGGUUCAACGAGUUGACAAAAUGGUUAAAUCCUGAAAUGAAGACAUGGCUUAGUGGGAAGCGCUUUCAAACCAACGUCAAGAACUACUUGAAUUCAUUGGUGGCAACUUUCUUUAAAGAGGGUAUUGAAAAGCUUGUCCACAUAGAUGACAAAUGUCUCAAUCUCUUUGUAAUUGUACUAAUCUUUUAGUAAUAAAAUUAUUGUUUUAUAUGAACUUAUCUUUUAUUUAUAGCUUAUCGGAUGUUAAAAAAAAACUGCCCUCGUAGAUAAUAGAAACAGUCUAAAUUUCGAAAACAACAGUAUAGGAAAUUAAUUUACAGUUACUAGUUUUUGCUACUUUGUGCUAUACUCGUUUGUUAGUAGUAUUAGUGCUUCAAAUAACCAUUUUCUUCAAUUUAAAAUCUUUUCUGUUAUGAAUGAAUAAUGUGCUGAAAUACUUUCAAAGUUAGUUUUAAUUUGAAAAGUUCAAUUAAUAAAAUUGAAAUACUUAAUUGAUUGAAGUUUGCAAAAACAAAUAUUUUCAAUCUAGUAAGAGUUUGCAAAAAAUUCAAACUAACUUAAAUUAUUAAGUUGUAACUGAAUUCAUACUGAACAGACUGUUUACUACAAACAUACCAGAACUAUCAGUUUUGAAAGAAAAUGUUGCAGAAAUGUUCAGCAGACAGUGUAAUUGUGAGUGUUAGUUAACAGUUUGUUCAGUAGUUUACAUUAUAACUUGUACAUUUGAAACUGUGUACACUACAAUACUUGUACAAUUUAUUACUGUUACUGAAAGUUUACUUUUUUGUAUUUGCGCUUAUCUAAGGAGGUACUUAAAGGACAAUGACACUUUUAUAUUAUUUAUUCUUUUAUUUCGAGAGUAUUAAUGUUGUUGCUGGUCAAACAACGUAUGGUACAAUAAUUGUUUGUUAAUGUAUUCUUCAAUAAAUUGAAUGAAAAAUA